UCUUUAAAGUAUAGAAGAAGCUCUAUCGACGAAUCUCGGAAGCCUCAGCAUAACUGUGUGAACUUCAACUUCAAAAUGAAUAAUUCUAAAUCGGACAAAGCGAAAUUCUUCCCUAUUUAUAUUGUGGAUGCUUUUGCUAAACAUCCCUUUUGUGGGAAUCCCGCUGCGGUGUGUCUUUUGCCAUUCGAUGAUGAUACUGAUAAUGAUAUAAAGCAAAGAAUUGCUUCUGAAAUGAAUCUUUCAGAAACUGCUUUCUUGAAAACGAUAAUGGAAAGUGACACUUUUCAAAGUGGUAAACGUUUUUCUCUGGAUUGGUUCUCUCCACUUCGCCAAGUGCCUUUAUGCGGGCAUGCUACCUUAGCCACUGCUGCUGUUUUGCUUAUGGAAUAUAGCAACGAAUCCGAGGUCUUGGAGUUCGAAACUGUUAGUGGAAUACUGAAAGCACAGAAGAUAGCCUCUGACAGAAUACAGAUUGAUCUUCCAGCAGAUGAAUCUCAUCCAGUUCAUGACAAAUACAAAGCAGUUGUUGAAGCCGCAGUUAAGAAUUUGCCUGUGCAAGAAGUUGUCCUUUCACUUUACAACGAAUUGCUAAUACGACUAAGUGACGAUGUGACGAGGAAAGAGCUUGAAUCGAUCCAGACAAAUGAUGCUGGUCUUUUAGAUGCAGUACCCGACAUGGGAGGUCUCAUUAUCACCUUGAAAGGAUCGCCUGAUGAGUGCACUGAUGAAAAAGGCAACAUGUAUGAUUUCGUCUCUCGAUAUUUUUCGCCUUGGUAUGGAAUAUCAGAGGAUCCUGUUACAGGCGCAGCUCAUUCAGUACUUGCACCAUAUUGGGCUAAUAUUUUGCAAAAAAAUAAACUCUAUGCUCGCCAAUGCUCCCGUCGAGGAGGAGAGCUACAUAUUGAGCUCAAGAAAGGCAGAGUUCUUAUUGAUGGGAAUGCUUCAAUUGUGGUCAAAGGGCAGAUAUAUAUCUAGAAAAUAUUUUUAUAAUGAUGCUCGCAUUUUAGGAUAUAAUUUUAUGAAAACAAAUUACUAAAAGAAAUUUUUUCAGUAAAAGUCUUUGUCUUGGAAUGUGAGGCUUCUGGUAAUUUAAAAGUUUAAUUAACCUGAAACUAGUUUAAUUAACUUUGUCCAGCAUCUUUUAUCAAAUGCAAGGUGACGAGUGGAUGCCGUUGAACGCACAUUUUCUCUUAAAAACAAUGUUAAAUAUCUUGGAGCAGCAAGAGACGGAAUUUAUAUCCUAACUUUUCCCCCAAAUAAUAAUAAAAUAACUAUUCACUUAAAAUAAUUCCAUUUGGACAGAAAGAAAUAAAGAAAAGGACGAAUGAAAUAGUAUAUUUAUUUAUUUUUAUUGGACUUGCUUACUGCUUGAUAAUAAACUUUGUCACGAAACUGAACGAGUUAUAGAAUGAUUCAAUGAAGAUUAAUAAUUCUUUGCCUUGAGUCUGAAUUAAUAAAAAAUCGAAAUUUAAGUACUAAUUAAAUUUAAGAAAUGAAGAAUAUUUAUAUACUGAUUCCUUAAACUUUAGAACAUGCCGACAAUGAACUCAUGAUGCAUGACAUCCUUAUUAUUCAUUCCCUUAAAAAAUAUAUGACUUGC